AUGGAGCUCCAGGCAAGGUGCCUCUGCGUCGUCGCGAUGCUCCUGGUGGCCCGCCUCGCGGGGCUGGAGACGGCGCACGGUGCGGGGGAGUGCGGCCGCGUCCCGGUGGACCAGGUGGCGCUCAAGCUUGCCCCGUGCUCGGCGGCCACGCAGAACCCGCGCGCCGCGGUGCCGCCGAGCUGCUGCGCGCAGGUGCGCGCCAUCGGGCGCAGCCACAAGUGCCUGUGCGCCGUCAUGCUGUCCGACACCGCGCGCAAGGCCGGCGUCAAGCCUGCCGUGGCCAUGACCAUCCCCAACGCUGCGCCAUCGCCAACCGCCCCGUCGGCUACAAAUGCGGCCCAUAUACCCUGCCAUGAAUUGAUCAUGAGGAGCAAAGUGAUGGCUGGCAGAGUGGCAGUGGCACCUGAAGGACUUCAAACUCUGACUAGCAAUAUGCAAUUGACAAGUAUUUCUUUUUCCUGA